UUGUGAUGGAUUAGUUAAAGUUAGUAUUAAUAUAGAAGUUAAAAUUGCAUUAAUCCAUCUUCAACAUUCUAUGAUUUAUAAACGGUCUGAACGAUUCAAUGUUGAUGAAAGUGACAUUUAUCGAAUCUUAGAAUAUGAUAAUCCUAAUUUAACUCAAAAGCAAGUACAUGCUUGGUGGUCAAUAUUAAUUAAACAAGAAUAUAUUAAAAACAGUGCAGAUCAAUUAAAUUCAGCUGAAAUUUUCUUAAAAGAUCAUGGAUAUCAAAUCCUACUAAGCAAUUAUAAGGAGAGAAUUAAAUUUUUCGGCUUUGUAACGCCAUUUUUUAAGAUUAUUAAAA